AUGACAUACUCGUCGCUUUUCAGGGUUGCACCCCUUGAUCUACACAACGACGAAGACGGCCAAGGUGCUGCUGCUGGGCGGUUACAAGUAUCGUACGAGCGGCUCCCGUGGUGUGAAGAGUUGCUCCCCGUGAUCUACACAACGACGAAGAUGGCCAAAGUGCUGCUGCUGGGCGGUUACAAGUAUCGUGCCAACGGGUCCCGUGGUGCGAAGGUGAGGUGGCGGUGCGCCACACACGAGCGCUUCCGAUGCCGAGCCGUCGUCCACACCAUCCAAGGCACAGUUGUCUACAUCAAGGGCGACCAUAACACGGGAGCG